AUGAGCUCUUUGAGGGCAUUUAGCGCUCCAGGAAAGGCGUUACUCGCCGGAGGAUAUCUUGUCUUGGAUCCUCAAUAUCGGUCAUAUGUGGUGGCAUUGUCCUCGCGAAUGCAUUGCGUAGUCGAUAAGCAAAGCGACAAUGGUCAAGACUGGUUUACUGUCACAAUAAGAAGCGCGCAAUUUGACAAUGACGAGUGGAAGUACACAAUUUGCAAGCAUUCGAGCUACGAAAUUGUUGAGGUUAAUGGAAAAGUGAAUCCUUUUGCCAAAAAGGCUGUAGAGGUUCUAGUUAACUAUUGUCAGCCUGAUCCAAGAGAAACGGAAGAGCUUUUGCUAGAGGUCUUUUCAGACCCUGGGUACCACUCAGUGGGCGAAAGCACACUCAAAAAGAACGGACACAAACAAUUUCGGUUCCACAGUAGCACCAUCACUAAAGUCCCUAAAACUGGCCUGGGGUCUUCAGCAGGCUUGGUGACUGUCCUGACCACCUCUUUGCUAUCGGUUUUCCAACCAGAGCUUGAUGUGACUUCCCCACGGUAUCAGAGAAUUAUUCACAACUUAUCUCAGAUCGCACAUUGCCAGGCACAGGGUAAAGUUGGAAGUGGGUUUGAUGUGGCAGCAGCAGUAUUCGGAUCCAUCAUCUACCAAAGAUUUGACCCUAAGCUGAUUGAGGAUCUUCCUGCUGAGAAUCCAUCACUUUACUCGGCCGCCCUCGUUGACUUGGUUGACUCAACAGAUUGGAACUUUACGCAUGAGAAUGUUACUUUGCCACCAGGAAUUCGCGUCAUUAUGGGAGAUGUGAGCAGCGGGUCCGAAACCACAAAGCUUGUGGCAAAAGUCAAAGCUUGGUACCAACAAAACUACCCAAAAAGUCUCGACGUUUAUGAAAACAUAAAUCGCGGUAACCUAGCUUUUAUCAAUGGAAUCGAAAAGCUUACGCUACUUUCCAGUAAUUCUCCUGCAUCCUAUCAGGAAACACUUGAUAAACUGGACGUCGGUGCAGAUUUGAGCGAGUCUGCAGAGAUUGAUCAGCUAAGGAAAGCUGUAAUUCAGAUUAGAGGUAAUUUACAGCUAAUCACUGGGGAAUCAGGAGCGGACAUUGAGCCCUCGGUGCAGACCGAGCUAUUGGACUGCUGUGUGGAAUUAAAUGGAGUAAUAACCGGUGUCGUGCCCGGUGCUGGAGGAUACGAUGCCAUCGCAUUAAUUAUUACGGAGAAAGCAGACAUUUCGGGACAGACGUCAGGAAAAAAAGACUUCUCGGCUGUAACAUGGUUGGAUUUACAUCAAGAAAAUACCGGUAUCGCUGAAGAAAGCCCUUCGCAUUAUCGAAACCUUCAGUAA